GGCGGCCUCGGCCGGAGCGGGCUGGGAUGGGCUCGGGGCUCCGGGCAGGCGGCCGUGGAGGCGGGGGUGGGGAGGAGGCGCCCAGCGGUUGCAUCCCCUCUCCGGGCACUGCGGGGACGCCUGGCCCGGGUGGCGGCUCGGACUGGCCCUCGCCGGGCGUGAGUGGCGGCGUCCGCGAGGAAUUUCAAAGCCGCGCCUGGGCUGGAAACGAGCGUGCUGGGGAAAGCGGGGCUAGGGCCCCCGCGGUAAUGCAGGGGCGCGCGGCCGCCUACCUCCCAGCGCAGCGCAGGAAAGAAUCGGGGACUCGGAAUACAGCAACUUUGCUCGCGUUCUCAGCGCCCGCGGCCCUCGCGUCAGGUUUUGGAGUGGCAGAAAGGGGACAGCGGAGAGUGCGAGGGGCACUCUGGAAGGUAGUGGUCGAUAGACAUUGUUAGUUUCAAGACCCUCCCCCCAAAAAAGCUUGCCCCCCCCUAUGUCAGAUGCAAAACUUGGGGGCAGGGGCAGGGAGAAAGCCAAGGUAACUCCUGGCAGAAGUCAGGACAGGGGCAGGAAUGAAAGGGGGAUUGGCACAAGUCGCUGGGCGAGCCGGAGGGAAUCCCGUCGCCGUCCCGGGCAGAAUCGCCAGCAGAACCGGGUGGGUGGGGACCCUUCCCUGUGCCCUGACCUGGGCGUGGGUGGGCGGUGGAGCCAAGCCCGGGUCCCGGAGCUCCAGAGGCGGCCGGGUCCGGGUGGGACGGGCCAGCUCCGCGCGCCCCAACCCGCGUCGCCCUCGCGACCGCCGGGUUCCCUGCAGCAGGGUACCCGCAGCGGCCGCGGGCUGGCCUGGGAGGGACUCAGGAAAGAGCCUGCACACACACAUCCCCCCACACACACACACACGCCGGCGCUGAGGGUCGAGCGGGUGCAGUUUUCUUCCUGUUUGUGGUCAGGGCUCCGUGGGUCGUCGGGUUUGGUCGUGCUGGUUUCUGGCUUCUGUUGUCCCGGCUGUGGACGGUGGGCCGGGGACGGCUGCCCUUUUUCUUUUAACCUCUGGUACUGGGCUCUGCACAGGAGGCAGCCUCAUUCCCGCGAUUCAUUGGGCGACGGGUGGCGUACCCCUUACAAUCCCUCCAAAUGCAGGAAUAUGAACAAGUAAAGGAAGUGGUUGAAACAAUCAGGCAGUUUUCUCCAGUCAUAGAAGUUUUUGUGGAAGGGGAGGGAUAGGAAGGGCAAAGGUCCUGCCAGGUUCAAGUUUCAGCUCCACUCCAUCACCCAGUUAAAUCCUAGGAAUUAGAAGGGUUCAGGGACCUCCUCUGGAUAGAUCUCCAGAUCUCUUCUAACAAGUCAAAAGAGUCACAAGCUACACGCUGGGCCCUUCCCUGAAUCAACUUUUCCUUGAGAGACAACUGGGAGAGCCAUUUUGGGAUCUGAGAAGAGGCACUUUAGCAGCCAAAGGUCUACAAAGGCUUAAAAUAAGAGGAGGCUUUGGGGCAGGACCCUGAGGGAGGAAGACCAAAAGAGCAAAGGCCUGAAGGUCAUAGAACUCGAGUCUUAUCCUGCCAUGUCAGCUGUGGGAGAUAAGCCAAAGAGGGUACGGGCAGGGAAGAGAGGGAUGGGACAUUCAGAGACCAUCUACCAUGUGCCAGGUAGUGUGCUUGGCAUACUUUAUCUCCUCUAACCCACACAACCCAUCGGAUAUGAAUCAUUAGCUCCCCUUUGCAGAUGAGGAAACUGAAGCUCAAAGGGGUUAAGUAAGCUGCCCAGCUACUUAGCGACAGAACCAGGAAUCCAAGCUACCCAUUAUACCACCCAUCUUUUAGAAUGUUUCAUUUUAGUUGAGGAGACAGGACUCCAUCACUCUGGUAUAAUUAUUGUACAAAAUAGUAUGUGUUACAUCCAAUGUUAACCUUCUUGAACCUGAGUUUCUUUCCAUUCAAUCAGUCAAUCAUUUAUUCGACAACUGUCAUAUUGUCUAAUGUGUGAUUCCAAGCACCGUGCCGAGUGUUGGCAUACAUUAGUAAGUGAACUCUGACCUGGUCCCUGGCCUCUGUCAAUGGGAAUAGUAAUUGUAACAGUACAUCCUUCAGUGACUAUCGAGUGAAUGAAAUGAGACAGUGUGUGGGAAGGUGCUACAGAAGCAUGGCCGUGAAGGAGGAGAGGCAGCAGGGGGGCUGGGAGAAGAUGAGGGGUGGGCAGUUGGAAUGGUGAGUGUCCCCAUGCUGCAGUCAUGAGGACUGGUCCCUGGAGUGCACAUAGUGCCUAGGAAGCUGUUUCAGCCCCUGCUGUUCAGAUUACUGGCUUACAGCCAUGGAUUCUAAGAUGAACCUUUAGUUUGGGGCAUCGAAACUGGAGAGGACAAGAUCCCAUGCAGCCUCUAGGAGGACUGGUGCCUCUCUGCAGCAGUGCCAGCCAGGCUGAGAGCUGCCCCAAGAGCAUCACUCCCGGCCCCCACCCUCGUUCCUCAGCGGCUGCAAUGGCACCUUCCAUACUCUCAGGGCCGGAGCUGCAGCUCCAAGCCCCUCAUCCUACCGUUGGGGAAGCUGGUCCGUGUUUACAGGACUUGGUAGUGAAGCCAGCACUAGAACCCAGGUCUCCUGACUGUCCAUAGCUCUCAGAGCAGCUCACCCCCGCCUGCCAGGGUGUUUCAGGACUCAACUGAAAAGAUGGUGUUCCAUCCGCUAUAUCUCCACUCACAAUGCCAUUCCCCGAUGCUCCUGUCCAUCUCUGCUUUAGCUGAACAGACAUAUCUGUCCUAAUAAAACGGUGUCAGAUGAAUCUUUGACACAGAGCGGCCAUAAAUAUUUCAGGACAUUUGGCCUGUUAACUCUCCUUCCAUCUUGAAUGGUAUAAUAGGUGUAAGAUAACUGCCUCUAAAAUUAACUCUCACUUUUGUGAGGAAGGUGAACUGAUAAAUCUAGCCUUGAAGCUAAGCCCAUCUGAGGGAUGUUCUGCGGGCUUACUUCUUCAGAACUGACACCAACUCUUCUGGGGAGGACGAUUUUCCUCUUCCUUUCUUCUUUGUUUCUUUUUUUUUCUUUUCUUUCUUUUCUUUUUUUUUUUUUAAAUCUCUUGGCUUUGAGGUCACAAGAUCACGUUGUAUUCCAUUUUGAUGUCGUGGUGACAGAAUAAAGGCAUUUUUCUCCUAAUGUUGAGAUGAUCGGCCUGAUGAGAGCGGUGAGCCCCCGCCUGGCUGCCCCGUGUAUACAGCGAUUGCACAGGUAGAUAAUUUCGUGGGGAUGUCCGUUUGCUCAGCACUUGCUCAGCCGUGCAGCCCUACAGGUUGGGCCAGGGAGAGAGCUGUUCAGUUUAUUUUCCUUUGGCUGGGAACUGUGGAGAUGAAUAGAGGGAGGGGAAUCUGGGGUUGAGAGAUUGUUGCCAAGAGCAAUUUGGAGUCUCCUUCAUAUUAGUCAGAGAUUGUGUUUUUUCCUUUCUGAAGCUGCCUGCCUCCUAGUAACUUCCACCGAGGACUUUUUUCCAUCUUUGUGCGCGCUUGUUAGUUUUUGUUUUGGUUUUUAAGUUGCUGGACUUCUCAUGACUUAGCCAAAAACAGAUAACUUGAGGAAUGGGGUGAUGAAAUGGGCCCUUUGUACUAUAUAUUCUGCAUGUCGUUGCUUCAUAAAUUUGAAUACUGAUAGACCCCAAGGUACCACGAUGGAGUAAGAUGAGCAAUUCCUUUGAAGGGAGAGUUUAUCUUCAGUGGAUGACUUUCAAAAUUGCAGCAUAAUUUAACUUUCCCUUUGUCCAUCUCGAGCCUGUGUUUAGAAAAAGAAGAACGUGUGCUCUCCUGUCUCACUCCCUUUUGUUCCCUUUGGGAGGCCCCCUCCAUCGGGGCCUUGCUUGGAAGGGGACCAGCCAGAGUGGGCCUCCUUCCCUUUCCUCGUCACCCCCGCAUCUCCUCCACCUGCAGGAGGCCAGCAGUCGAGAAGGAAGCUUCCCCCGGGGGUAAGAACUCUUCCCCAGUAGUGGCCUGGCUCGGGUCACAUGAGGUGCAGAAGGGGAAAAGCUGGCACGACCGAAGCCUGCCCCUCCUGGGCCAGAACCCCGGGGCGGGAUGUUCUUCAUCUGUCAAGAAGAAUGCUCCAGAGAGCCGGCAGUGGGGCCCGCUCCCUCAGCCCCACUUCAUCCAGAUGCAGCUGCUGAUGGAAAACCAGGCCCUGGGAAAGGAAGAAAUUGACCUGAAGGGAAAUAAAUGUGACAUUCAUUGGACAAGCUGUUCAAUGUUUGGGACUUCGAUGGAGACGACUAAGAUCCUGACCUUUUUAUUGUGUUAAAUGACACUUUUGGGACCACGAAUAAAACUGUUGGAGAGCUAACAUCAUAACCAGGUGGCAGCCGGGCAACACAAGGCCACCUCGUCCCGUUCCUGUUCGGGCCUUGAGCUGGUGGCAAGAUCCAUUGAUUCAGGCAAAACUGCUAGGUGUGGCUGGGUGCUCUAUUUCACACUGGUAUUUCAGCUCCAUGAUGAAAUAAUUUCAUCCCCUUGUCAUAUCUAUGGAACUGACUGGAGUCACACUCUUAACAGAGGUAGAUAGGAGCCGAGUGGUUCAGGGGGGACUCACCUAGUUUGAAAGACUGCCAAAGAUUGUGAAGAAUUAUCCUUUCACCCAGAACAUGCUAAAAUCUCAGUCAGUGGCAUCAAGUUCAGUAUAAGCAGACCUCAGUACCGGAAAUGAAUUCCAAUAGCUUCUUGGAUAUCAUUCUCAAGCAGCUGGGCCCAGCUACCAAUUUACUCUUCACUUUCAAGCAGUGCUUAAUCCAGCAGUUCCUAAACCUGACUCCAGGUCGUCAUCACCUAUGAAACAUUUUAAAGAUUACAUGUGCCGGGCCCCACCCACGAGGUACUGAAGCAGAUGCUCAGCGGAGGGGACCAGGCGCCUGAAGGCGGUUGUGACGGAGAGUGAGAACACAGGCUGACCUCUCUGGGCUUCAGUUUCCUUUCUCAAAACGAGGCGUUGGAUUAGACUGGCGUCUCCAAAGGGAUUCAUGGAGCUGAUUCAAGCAGAACAGUUCAGGGGCUCUGGCUGAGAACAUGGCCAAUGGCAUUGACGAGCUGAUCGGCAUUCCCUUCCCCAACCACAGCAGCGAGGUCCUGUGCAGCCUGAACGAGCAGCGGCAUGACGGGCUGCUCUGCGACGUGCUCCUGGUGGUGCAAGAGCAGGAGUACCGCACCCACCGCUCCGUCCUGGCCGCCUGCAGCAAGUACUUCAAGAAGCUCUUCACAGCCGGCACCUUAGCCAGCCAGCCCUACGUCUACGAGAUCGACUUCGUCCAGCCCGAGGCGCUGGCCGCCAUCCUGGAGUUCGCCUACACCUCCACGCUCACCAUCACGGCCUCCAACGUCAAGCACAUCCUCAACGCCGCCAGGAUGCUGGAGAUCCAGUGCAUCGUGAACGUGUGCCUGGAGAUCAUGGAGCCCGGGGGCGACGGGGAGGAGGAGGAUGACAAAGAGGACGACGACGAUGACGAAGAUGACGACGACGAGGAGGAUGAAGAGGAGGAGGAGGAGGAAGAGGAGGAGGAGGACGACGACACGGAGGACUUUGCUGAUCAAGACAACUUGCCUGACCCCCAGGACAUCAGCUGCCACCAAAGCCCCUCCAGGAUGGACCACCUCUCGGAGGCCUGUUCGGAUGCUCCCAGGGACUUCCCCGAUUCCUUCCGGGCCGGCAGCCCUGGCCACCUGGGCGUGAUCCGGGACUUCUCCAUUGAAUCUCUGCUGAGGGAGAACCUGUACCCCAAAGCCAACAUCCCCGACAGGAGACCCUCCUUAUCUCCGUUCGCCCCGGACUUCUUUCCUCACCUCUGGUCGGGGGACUUCGGUGCCUUCGCCCAGCUGCCCGAGCAGCCCAUGGACAGCGGGCCUCUGGACCUGGUCAUCAAGAACCGCAAGAUCAAGGAGGAGGAGAGGGGGGAGCUGCCCCCACCUCCGCCGCCGCCCUUCCCCAGCGACUUCUUCAAGGCCAUGUUCCCGGACCUUCCCGGGGGGCCGCUGGGCCCCAUCAAGGCAGAGAAUGACUACGGUGCCUAUCUCAACUUCCUGAGCGCCACCCACCUAGGGGGCCUCUUCCCGCCCUGGCCGCUGGUGGAGGAGCGCAAGCUGAAGCCCAAGGCCUCUCAGCAGUGCCCCAUCUGCCACAAAGUCAUCAUGGGGGCCGGGAAGCUGCCACGGCACAUGAGGACCCACACCGGGGAGAAGCCAUACAUGUGCAACAUCUGUGAGGUCCGCUUCACCAGGCAGGACAAGCUGAAGAUCCACAUGAGGAAGCACACGGGGGAGCGGCCCUACCUGUGCAUCCACUGCAACGCCAAGUUCGUGCACAACUACGACCUCAAGAACCACAUGCGCAUCCACACGGGCGUGCGGCCCUACCAGUGCGAGUUCUGCUACAAGAGCUUCACGCGCUCCGACCACCUGCACCGCCACAUCAAGCGCCAGAGCUGCCGUAUGGCCCGGCCCCGGCGCGGCCGCAAGCCCGCCGCCUGGAGGGCCGCCAGCCUGCUCUUUGGGCCCGGCGGCCCGGCCCCAGAGAAGGCGGCCUUCGUGAUGCCCCCCGCGCUGGGUGACGUGGGCGGCCACCUGGGCGGGGCCGCCGUGUGCCUCCCGGGCCCCAGCCCCGCCAAGCACUUCCUGGCGGCGCCCAAGGGCGCGCUGAGCCUGCAGGAGCUGGAGCGGCAGUUCGAGGAGACGCAGAUGAAGCUGUUCGGGCGCGCGCAGCUCGAGGCCGAGCGGAACGCGGGGGGCCUCUUGGCCUUCGCGCUGGCCGAGAACGUGGCCGCCGCGCGUCCCUACUUCCCGCUGCCUGACCCGUGGGCCGCGGGCCUGGCCGGCCUCCCCGGGCUCGCCGGCCUCAACCACGUGGCCUCCAUGUCUGAAGCCAACAACUAGGCUGGCCUCAUCACCCCCAGUCCUGCUUCCCUGUCCCCUCCCGGGCCCACGUGCCCCAUCCGAUGGGUCUGAACUUUUUAUUUCAAAAGAAAAAAGGAAAACAAAUAGCAGCCGCAGUGGUAUUUUCUGGGCCUCCCGAGGCAGCUGCCUCCCCUGUGCUGGGGUCUGAGAUGGGCAUCCCCUCCCCAAAGGCCCGGCCUCUCUCUGGCUGUCUCUCUGCUCUCACACAGAAACUCACAGGGGCCCGUGCCAAAGAGGAGGCCCCAGACCAGGUGUCCAGAAGCACUUUGGAGCUGUGUGGGGCUAGACGGAGGGAGGUGGCUUGGCCAGAGGCAGACCGGAUAGAUGGAGCAGGGCUGAAGGUAGGGUCCCGAGAUACACAUCCUGAGCCCCGCCACUCUAAGGCAGAGUCCCUGCUGACACGGUUCCGAUGGGUCACUUUUCCCAUCUCCAGUGGCCCUGGGAUCCUUAGGGGAAGUGACCUAUAGGCAGGGAGAGGGUCUCCUGGGGUCCGGGCCCAUUUUUCCCUCCCUGUCCUAUGACCGCGGACAGGUCAGCCGUCUGUACCCCAGUUUCACCCUGCUGUGAAAGGGGGCUGGAAAUUUUGUUUCCCCCUCCCAUCCACCCACCGACACACUCGAACAUGCCCAUCCCUCCAGAGAGAAGCCUUGAGAGAGCAGGGGCUUUGCAGUCUUAACGUCCCUGGUGACGCUGUUUCACUGGACUUAGUUUUAUCACGUCCACCUCUACGUUGGCACAGGUGAGAAAUGUGGCCAAACUAGACAGGCUAACAGAGGAAGAGGGCUGGGGUGGGCUUGUCCACAGCCCCCAGGCAGCCUUGGGGAACUCUAAAUCCUCCCCUCCCCUCUGGGCAGGCCACUGUGCGCAUCCGGGGGCUACCAUCUCGCAUUGUCCCCACCUCUGCGUGGUCCCUCCAAUGCCAUAAGGAGUCUUUCAGGACUCCGAGGGCCAACACGGAAGGAAUGGGGUCCUCCUCUUAACACCUGGCAGCUGCCCCUCUCCACCUGAUUCCUGGAAACAGACAAAAUGCCCAGUUACCCAGGUGUAUGUUUGCUUUUCAGUUGGGGGCUUCUCAGGACUUUGGCAUCGCUGUGUUUGAACACCCUCAACCCCUCCGUGGUCCCCCAGGGAGGAAGCCAGCUGUCCAGUGUGGGAAGUCAGAGGCUUGGCUCCAAUAUGGGCUUGGAGGGCUCUGUGGGUGAGGGCUGUCCACGCAUUCUCCCUGGCUCUCUGGUUUGUAGCCGGUCCUGAGAAGGAAGACAGCUCUGCUGGCCCAGUGCCUUCCAGAUCUUCUCUCCCCUUUCCUGUCCUUCCCUCCCUUUUCUUGCUGAGUUUGCUUUUGUUUCUCAGUAGCCCAGAGAAGGGAGGAGAGUUCUCCUGUGCAGAUGGCCCAGGGCUGGUGUCCCCAAUCCAGGAGCUGUGGGCACAGAGACUUCGGCUCUUCCUAUUGCCUUGGCUUCUUCCUGAGCAAACGCAAAAAAACAAAAAGGCCAGAGAAGACCACAGACUCUGUCACUCUCCCAGCUCCCCCGCGAAGAGACCCGUGACUCCACACACCACCAGCUGCCCUUUCAGCCAGAGGGAACUGUUGCUGACACCCUCUCGUCCUCAGAUGUCAUCUGCUGGCAGCUGCCUCUCACACUCCUGUCUCCAUUUCUGACCCUCGCUUCUGGGACCCACCAGCCAACAUGCCUGUGUUCCCCCCGCAGCCAAGGGAGUGGGGCUGAGCCAAACUCUAAGAGAAAACGAGGAAAAACGAACAAAUUAGAAACCAGUGGUGUUGGGGCUUUUGUUUUUAUUUUGUAAAAGUAAUGACUUCUCAUAAACUCAAUUUUUCAGACGA